UCACAAUCAUAAAGGAACAUGGAAACCGAAACAAGUCCAAAGAUUUUAAGCUUUAGAAUUAAUAGUAACAUAAACACUAUGAAUUCAGAUUUAGUACUUACAAAUAAUAGUCAUUUAGAAUCUACAAUAUCAAAAAUUUAAGAGUAUAUAUUAUAUUAAUUAUCCUAGAAAAAAUAAGAAGAUACAUUAAUUGGUAGAAGGAGUAUUUUCGGAAAAUACUGAUAGGAACAAUUAAGAUUCAACAAGAAAUACAAGUUGUUUAAGCAACUUUUCACCACUUAAGGCUAAAUAAAACUAAAAAGAUUUUGAAAAUUAAUUUACAUUUGUAAGUCAAGAUGAUUCAUUCAAUUAAUCUUCAGCAUAAAAGUAAUGCAGGUAAAAUAAUUCUUCAAGAGUGUCAAUAUCCAACAAAAUAAAUCCCAGAACACAGAGUAGAACACAGAGUUCAUCAUCAAUUAAAGAAUAAAUUCAAGAGGAGAAAUAUUGUGGAAUUUGUGGUCAAGCUGAUUAAUAUUGCAAUUUUAUCAGACCUUGUCUAUGUAAAUCAAAAUAACAUAUUCAUUAAUAAUGUGAAUAGAGAGAAUUUUGUGAAAAGUUUAUAGACAAUUAAAUGUAAAAAAUAACUAAACCAUUGUAAUGUGAGAAGUGUCAUUUUAAUUUUAUAAUAAAAUCUUACAAAGAUAUUAAUUUCAUAAAUGCAUUGAAAGAUCCACUUAAACAUAGAAAGGUUUUAAUUUAUUUAUCAAUAAUAUUGAUAAUGUUGAUACUAAUAACAACUUUGAUCAUAUUAUCUAUUUUAAAUAGAAUGGAAUUUAGAUAUCAUGUAGAAUAUAUUGCUGGAGUUAUUCUUGCUUGUCUUAUUUUAAUUGGAAUUAUUAUAAUAAUCACUUAUAAUUUGUUUGAAUAUAUUGCUAAUGUAAUGAAAUAUGUAAAAUUUAGUUUACUUGGUUCAUUUUAGAUAGAGAACAGGGGAAAGUAAAUGAUAAUGGAAUCAGAAUGACUCUAUAAUCAUUAAAUCUUGCUUUAGAAUUACAAUAAAAAAAACAAUAAUAAUUUUUAUAAAUGAUGGAAUAGAUGACAUCAAAAAAGGUACAUUCUGAAUUACCAUUACAAAAUCCAAAAGAAAUAAAAUGA